UUGAGAAGAAAAAAAUUUGGAAAAAGGAAAAAGAAGUUGUUGUUGUUCAUAUUGCUGCGCUGUUCUGAGUUUGGCAAUUGGCGCCGUGAGAGACAGCAACAGCUCGUGCCCGGUCUGAAACUGAGGUGGCACCUUACCUCUCUUUGUUUACUGCCUCAGAUUCAGAUCCACCGUUUCAACCAGAUUAUCUGCGAACUGGAUUGCACUUAAUAAGUUGGAUAUUAUUCUUUCUCAUAUUGAAGUCUCUCUUUUUAUUUUUUACCCCCCAAAAUAGUUCAGUUUUGAGAUUGGGAAAUUUGAAGACUUUGCUUGAAAUAAGUGUAGGAUUUUGGCUGGGUCGAGCUCUAGAGUGUCUUUGUGUCAUUUAGGAUUACAGAGAUGUAUGAAAUGGCAUGCUUAGCUUUUAUGAUCUGUGGCAUUUGUUUGGAUAUUUGAAUGGUUCGGUUCUGAUAUCUUGUAUAAUGAGAUGAAAAGGGCCCUCCGGCAAUCUGCUUUUAUCCUGAUGAGGGAGUUAUCAUGGCGUUUCUUUGGCCACAAAAUCGACUGGCGAAGAUUGUUUCUUCUGGCGGCUGUUUUGACUGUAUCUAGUAUUUUGUUUCAGAUUCUUGUACAUAGGUAUUUACUAAAUGACCAGUCUCCUUAUGAAAAUGAUUCAUCACACCCAUCCUUGAAUAGCAGCACCACCAAAGAGGCAAUACUUCAGCAGGUUCGCCUCAGCCUUCCUUACUCUGUUAUUUUACUUAAUUCGUCAAAUGAAGUAGUCCAAUCAGUCUCAUUUGAGUCAGAGAGAGCAGAAACCCGCCUGAAUAGUUCAAUCUCUAGGAGUAAAAGGGAGGAAAAGCUUGCUGAUGCAACAAAACAUACAAGAUUUUCACCACCUCUUGGUGUUCCUUCUUAUAAGCAGAGACACAUACAGUUGUUGCCACCUCAUGAGGCCCUUGUGUAUGCAAAGAAAGAGAUUGAUAAUGCCCCUUUGGUUAAUGAAGAUCCUGAUCUCUAUGCUUCUUUAUUUAGGAACAUUUCUGUUUUCAAAAGGAGCUAUGAACUGAUGGAAACGAUACUCAAAGUUUAUAUAUAUCGGGAUGGAGCAAGGCCCAUUUUUCAUACACCUUUCCUUAAGGGAAUCUAUGCUUCUGAAGGAUGGUUUAUGAAGUUAAUGGAGGGAAAUAAGCAAUUUGUCAGCAAGGAUCCUGAGAAGGCUCACUUAUUUUAUCUUCCAUACAGUGCACGCCAAAUGGAAUUAGCACUCUAUGUGCCUGGGUCACAUAACUUGAAACCAUUAUCGCUCUUUCUUAGGGACUAUGUGAACAAGAUUGCUGCAAAGUAUCCUUUCUGGAACCGCACACUUGGGUCGGACCAUUUUCUUGUUGCUUGCCAUGAUUGGGGUCCUUACACAGUGACUGGCCAUGAGGAAUUAGCCAGAAACACCAUCAAAGCUUUAUGUAAUGCUGAUCCGUCCGAAGGAGUGUUUGUAGCAGGAAGAGACGUUUCACUACCGGAAACCACCAUAAGGGCACCAAGAAGACCUCUUAGACAUCUUGGGGGAAAUAGAGUAUCGCUACGUCCCAUCCUUGCCUUCUUUGCUGGAAGCAUGCACGGUAGAGUGCGUCCCACGCUUCUCAAGUAUUGGGGUGGUGGAAAUGACGCAGACAUGAAAAUCUACAAGCGUUUACCUCUGAAAGUUUCCCAACGGAUGACAUAUAUCCAACACAUGAAAUCGAGUAAAUAUUGUAUAUGUCCGAUGGGGUUUGAAGUCAACAGCCCUAGAAUCGUCGAAGCCAUAUAUUACGAGUGUGUUCCUGUGAUCAUAGCAGAUAACUUUGUUCUUCCUUUUAGUGAAGUUCUGGACUGGAGUGCUUUUUCCUUGGUCGUGGCUGAGAAAGAUAUUCCUAAGCUGAAGGAAAUUCUAUUAUCCAUUCCUAUGAGAAAAUAUAUUACAAUGCAAAAUAAUGUGAAGAUGGUACAGAAGCAUUUCCUUUGGAACGCAAGGCCGAUAAGAUAUGACUUGUUUCACAUGAUCUUGCAUUCAAUAUGGUACAACAAGCUGAACCAGAUUCAAAGUCCACAGAUGUAAAAAUCGUUUUUGGUAUCUAUUUAUAUUGAAUUUGAAUGCCUGAGUUCUGUUUCGGUGAGAUACUGGAUGGAAUGAAAAGUAUUCUUGAUGGAUUGGCAUCAUGCAUAAGAAUUUUGAUUGUUAUUAUCUGGAGAUGAUGUCUGGAGAAUGGUUAUCAUCUUUGGAAUGAGUUGUGGCCUUUAUUUCCAAGCCCAUUAACCGUGAACUAUAUUGUUUAUUUUGUACAAAAACUAUAGAGGGAGAAUUUUUUUGUUUUA